AGAAGGAGCAAAAGCAAAGUGUCACUUUCUGAGUUUAUGAUUUGUACACGUUAACCACUCCAAAUCGCUGCCAUUGCCAACACACUCAAAUCUCAAUUCAGAUGCUUUUGUUGCGCUUUCACCUUCACUUUCUCAUAUAAGAAGCAGAACCCACGCACACGAAGACAAGGCAUGCACAGUACAUGUUUGCAGAAAGGACGAAGAAGAAGAAGAAGAAGAAGAGAUCAUGAAGUUCUGCAAGAGAUACCAGGAGUACAUGCAAGGCCAGGAGAAGAAGCUUCCUGUUGUUGGCUUCAAGAAGCUCAAGAAGAUGUUGAAGCGCUGCUCCCGACGACACUCUUCAUCAUCAUCAUCUCGAUCAUCUUCUUCUCUUCCACUCAACACCUGCCCAGAUCAAUGCCCAGUGUGCGAUGGAACCUUCUUCCCUUCGCUUCUCACUGAAAUGUCAGCCAUAGUAGGCUGCUUCAACCAGCGGGCUCAGAAAUUGCUGGACCUGCACCUCGCUUCUGGUUUCAGAAAGUACUUCUUCUGGUUCAAAGGCAAAUCACAAGGGAGCCACAACGCUCUCAUUCAAGAAGGAAAAGACCUUGUUACUUAUGCACUCAUAAACGCUGUUGCAAUCAGAAAAAUACUGAAGAAAUAUGAUAAGGUUCAUUAUUCCAGGCAAGGACAAAUGUUCAAGUCACAGGUCCAGAGUAUGCACAAGGAAAUUCUGCAAAGUCCUUGGCUUUGUGAGCUUAUGGCCUUCCACAUCAAUCUGAGGGAAACUAAGGUCCAGUCUAGGAAGGCACAUGCUUUCUUUGAUGGAUGUUCUCUCACGUUUAAGGAUGGAAAACCAGCACUCACUUGUGAGCUACUUGAUUCCAUCAAAAUUGAUAUCGACUUGACUUGUUCUAUAUGCCUGGACACAGUGUUUGAUCCAGUUUCUCUAACCUGUGGCCACAUAUUCUGCUAUAUUUGUGCUUGCUCUGCUGCAUCAGUAUCUAUUGUUGAUGGAAUUAAGGCAUCCGAUUCUAAGAAAAAAUGUCCUUUGUGCCGAGAGAGUGGAGUGUAUGAAGGAGCUGUGCGCUUGGAAGAACUAAAUAUACUGUUGGGCCGAAACUGCCAGAAAUACUGGGAGGAAAGGGCUCAAUCAGAAAGGGUAGAGAGGCUUAAACAGAUAAAGGAACACUGGGAAUCGCAAUGCAGGUUAUUCGUAGGUGUCUAAGCAAAACGAGUCAAGAAGCCAUCUCAGAUUCUGCGGUCAAAGCUUAAAUGUGAAUACACAUUUGCUGAUAUAUGGUUUGUAUAUAACAUUCUGAAUCGUGUUUGUUAAAACCGCUUGUAAGCUGGUGUUACUUCUCAAGAAGGGGUUCUUUGUCAGUAUCACUAAUAAGAAAGGGGUGUUUCCUUGUGACAUAAAUUUUCAAGCAAAAAAACGGGAAUUCAGUGAUGAGAUAGAAGCCGAUUCCCUUUUUCUCUUUCUUUCUUUUCUGUCCGUAAAUUGUAUAAGGAGCUGUAGCCUAACUGGAUACUGGAUAAGAUAAUAACCAGUCUUCGUAAA